CACACCUCCACUCUCUCUCUCUCUAAAAUCUAUAUGCAAUGCAACAGGCAGUCCCAUACAGAACUUGGGUUCCUUCCUCCACCAGCGCCUCCAACUCCGGCGAGUCUAGGACAAAGCUGGUGGCGGAGAAUGCAGUGAUAGUGUUUGGGCGUCGUGGGUGUUGCAUGUGCCAUGUUGUGAAGCGGUUGCUGUUGGGGCUGGGAGUCAACCCUCCUGUGGUGGAGGUGGAGGAGAGUGAAGAGGCGGCGGCGAUCGACGAACUCUCCAGAAUUGGCGGCGUAGGUGUGGAGUUUCCGGCGGUGUUUGUGGGUGGGAAGUUUUUUGGUGGGCUGGAAAGAGUUGUGGGUAGUCAUAUUUCUGGUGAAUUGGUUCCCAUUUUGAAACAAGCUGGUGCUCUUUGGCUUUGACUCGCCACCCUUCUAACCACUCUCUCUCUCUCUCUUUCGUUUGGACUUGAAGUUUUGGAGAGAGGAAUGCAAAUAGGGUUUUUUUUUAUUUUUUAUUUUCUUUUCCCUUGUAAUACAGUGUUUGGAAUUGAAGCAGUUGAAAUGACUUGUGAGCAUGUUUUUGUUCAGUACAUAAAUAACAAUGGAAAAUUACAUCGGUAUUUCUUAAA